UUUCCGGCCGUCAGGUCGUUCAAAGAGAAAGAGUAGUGUACGUACGUAAAAUGAGCAAUAUAUAUGGAGAACAACAGCAGGCACGCGUUCGUACGACGUCUCGAGAUGAGGAAGUGAAGAUGAAAUGCAUAUCGAUGAGCGAUGCUAAUGAGAAAAGCGAUGAGUUUGCACUAUCAGCUUCUCCUAGUCCUGACAAACUGAAUCAUGAUGAUGGACCGGAAACUGAAGGUCGGGUGCAGAACGAUAGCAAUGACAAAUGGGCUCUUCUGAGAGAGUUCCUAAACUCGACUACUUUUCACGGCGUCAAGUACACUGUUAAUGGCAGAACAUGGGCUCGACUGCUGUGGUGUGUGCUUGUAUUAGUGGCAGCGGGAGGAUUCCUAUCACAAGCUAUCAGCAGCAUCACCCGCUUUGCAUCAUAUCCUACUAGUACAAGCAUAACAUAUAAAACACCUGACACAUUGGAAUUUCCAGCUGUGACUAUCUGUAAUUUUAACUAUUUUGUCAACUCAUCUGUGAAGAAUGACACUGUUCGAUCAGCUUUACAGAAAGUUACUUUCACUGAGCCUCUUCAAACCCUAACUGAUGAUGAUAAGACUAUUUUAGAUUCAGCGGGAGGGUGGGAAAAUCUGACUUCUGAUGCUGGUGUUAAAGCUGAACAGUUAAUUGUCGAAUGCUAUUGGAAAGUAAAUGAAUUAUUAUUAAACUGUAACUUUGAGAAUUUUACUAAAGUCAUAACACCUAUGGGAAACUGUUUUACAUUCACUAGUCCUCAAAUGGUCGUGACGAGAGGAGGUCCAUCUGGUGGUCUGAAUGUAAUUCUUGACAUUCAACUUUUUGAGUAUUUAGCUGAGGGAUAUGGUAUUGCCGGAGCACAAGUUUUAGUGCACGAGGCAGGCGAACAUCCAGAUGCCAUAUUUGAAGAGGGCUUUGCUUGUCUUCCAGGGACACGCACAAUGGCACGCAUUCAAGAAACAAGAAUUUUGAAUCUUCAGCCAAGAUAUGGUACCUGUGAGAAUCGCAGUCUUGAGUACCACAAACUGUACACAUUAUCCAAUUGUUUUGAAGAGUGCAAGCUGAAGAUGAUUAUAGAAAAGUGCCGAUGUGUACCAUUACACAUGAAAGAAUGGUAUGACAAAGAUGACACUUCUGUGUGCACGUUUCAGGACGCUACCUGUGUUGAGAUCUAUUCAUGGUUAGCUUCAAACACUGUGAAUAACAGUAAGUGUGACUGUCCAAUUCCAUGCUCCCAACGAAAGUUUGAUGUCCAAGUUUCUCAAGCAGCAUUUCCAGCUCCCCAUCUAGAUGAGAUUAUUGCCAGAAAAUUUAACGUUUCAUUGAAUUAUGUCAGGCAGAAGAACUUGAUAUGGCUAGAUGUGUUCUACAGCUAUCCGCAGUUGACCUACAUUGAAGUCAAGCAGGACAUUGCGUAUUCAUAUGACAACUUAUUUGGUGAUGUUGGUGGUCAGUUUGGACUCUUUCUUGGUGCAAGUAUAUUGACAUUUUGUGAGUUUAUUCAAUAUUUAAUAUUUGAAGCUCAUGCUAGGAGGUUAUGUCGACAUCAACGUCAUCAGUAACCCUAGAUUACCAUAGAUACUAAGUAGCAACCAAAUGUAAUAAACGGUUGUAUUCAAAUAAAUAUGUUGCAGUCUGGUCUCAGCACUGUUGUCAUCUUGUGGAAGUCAAA